CUCUCUCACACACACACACACACACACACUCUCUCUCUCUCUCUCUCCUUCACAAGCAUUUUCCUCUUUCUUUAAUACCACCCAUCUCCCCCACCUCUGUCCCUCUAUAUAUAUAUAUAUACUCAUAUACCUCUCUAAAACCCAUAACCCACUCACCUCAAGCAAUCUCUCUUUCUCUCUCUCUCUCUCUAAAAUGGCAUUUUCAAUGGUUUUGUUUGUUGCUCUGGCAGUGAGCUCUUUGAUGGUUGUCUCUGGUGCUGGUAACUUCUAUCAAGAUUUUGACUUGACAUGGGGUGACCAUCGCGCCAAAAUUUUCAAUGGAGGGCAGCUUCUGUCUCUCUCUCUAGACCAGACCUCUGGCUCUGGAUUCAAGUCCAAGAGAGAGUAUCUGUUUGGGAGGAUUGAUAUGCAGCUCAAGCUUGUUGCUGGAAACUCUGCUGGCACUGUUACUGCCUACUACUUGUCCUCUCAAGGACCUACUCAUGAUGAGAUUGACUUUGAGUUCUUGGGCAACCUUAGUGGAGAUCCUUAUAUCCUCCACACCAAUGUGUUCACUCAAGGGAAAGGGGGCAGGGAGCAACAAUUCUAUCUCUGGUUUGACCCCACAAGAAACUUCCACACCUACUCCGUCAUCUGGAAACCCCAACACAUCAUUUUCUUGGUUGACAACACUCCCAUAAGACUAUUCAAGAAUGCUGAAUCAAUUGGUGUUCCCUUCCCCAAGAACCAACCUAUGAGGAUUUACUCUAGCUUGUGGAAUGCUGAUGAUUGGGCCACGAGAGGCGGGUUAGUGAAAACUGACUGGUCGAAAGCACCUUUCACAGCGUACUACCGGAACUUCAACGCCCAAACCUGUGCUGGAUCUUGCACUCAUGGCACCUCUUCUAGUUCAGCACUCUCAAAUGGAGGGUGGCAGACGCAAGAACUCGAUGACUACGGCCGGAGAAGAUUGAGAUGGGUUCAGAAGAAUUUCAUGAUCUACAAUUACUGCAGUGAUUUAAAACGCUUCCCUCAAGGUGUUCCUCCAGAGUGUAAGCGACCAAGGUUUCUCUAGAAGACACAAUUUCAAGUGGUGUUUGUAUAAUAUAGUGAAUGGGUGAAGAUUCUUUAUUUUUCUCUUUGCAUUCAAGCUUCGGUUGGCCUGGUAGUUGAUGUCAAAUAAAAUAAAUUAAAUUAUUUUCAUCUUGUUAGUUUUUUUGAGUAAUGUACCAAAUCUGUUUACUCAACUUGUGAGCUUGGUGGUGUUAAUUUCCUUGUCAAAAUAAUCAAAUGUCUUGUUACAUUCACAA